AUGAGCCCACUUGAGGCAACAAUGGCGAAUGAAGGGAAAGGACAAGGGUCUUUGGAGUGGACGCCUCUCCAACAACGCAGCUUAUCGCCAGUCGAACGCGCGCUUUUCCGCGCAGAAAAACCAUUUUCUUCCAAGGUUGGCUUGCAAGGACAUCCGCAGACAGGUAUCCAUUAAAGUCAGUCGCACACAAAUUACUUCUCUGAAUUUUCGACCACUCCGCAAUUAAACAAUCGAGAAAAAGUUCAACAAAAACCUUUGGUUAUAGAGCUUUUGUUAGUCGGGGCAGUUAGCAUUUCUUUUUACUAUGGUUUCAGAAAAAGAUUAGAAGUCCCAGAAACUACGAAAAGACUAAACUUGAAAAAGUGAAUAAAGUUCUCAUGGAGAAAAAAAUGAUAUUAAAAAAUUGAAAAAUUAUUUCUGAACGAAACGAUAUUCCGCAAAGUCUUGAGAGAGAAGAAAGAAAAAAAUUUCGAAGAAGAAAGUAUAGUAUGUUUUGAAAAAAAUGCUACGCGACGCACAGAUGCUGAAUCACAAAAGAUGUGAUUUUUAUUCAGCGAAUUAUGCGAGAAAAAAAUUAUAAUUUCAAAUUAUAGUUUAGAGUGUUUCCUAACAUUUGAGGUUGAGAAAGGUUACAACAACAACGAAAAAAAGCGAAGCAAAGAAAAGCGUCAUAAAAGGUCAGCUCGGCGAAAAUCUAUUUAUAUACAAGCUUCCAAAUUAUAAAUUAAAAAUGAAUGCGCCUUCUUUCUAGAGAGUUAUUUUGACGAGGGAGUUUUCAAUAUUCGGAAUCAAAUUGAUUUUGAGAAGGUACAAGAAAGGAAAGGGCACAAAUCCUUGCGAGAAAGGGACAACGAAGUCAGCGGGACAGUCGGAUCGUACGAAAGCGACGCGACGAGGAAACGGAAAGAUUGCACACACACUGGGACUCCUCCUCAAGCACACUAUUUCUCUCUCACGAAUGCCCAAGAAUAG